UCACACUGCAGACCGUUUGUUGUUGCUGCCUGUUGUUUUUGCUCGCCAAUUCCCAGCUGUAUAUAACAUUAAACAAUCGCGGUGCUGCAACAAAUUACACAUAAUUUACAUAACGCCACGGGCACCACACGCAACAAUGUGAAAGAAAGUGCAGGCAACAAAAAGCGCGUUCGAAAAAGCGUAUGGCUAAGAAUCGGGCAACGGCAACGGCAAAAAAGGGCACGGGCAAGAAGAAGACAACGACAACACCCAGUGUACAAAAUAUACAUAGAUGGAUAAAAUAAAUAGCUAAAAUAAAUCUGUUCCUAUUUAGUGCUUGUUAAUACAUAUAUUUGAGUAUUAAUUAAUUACCCACCGAUCGAAUCGAACGCAGGCGGCGAGGAGGAGCAGAACAAAGGUUCCUGGGCUCUUGGCCAUGUCAUGUGGCGAGAAUUGCGACAGCUGCCGGCAUCGUCAUCACUUUGGCUGCGACCACCACCUCCACCGACGUCGUUAAUCCCACUCGGCGCCUGCAUUAGUCAUAGGAGGAAUGAGGAUGACAGCCGACCCAAGGGAACGGCGCCAGCACAACAAGCAAGAACCAAAGCCGAAAGGUAAACUAGAAGCGGAAGCCACGCAGCCCCGGGGCAAAUAGUUAUAUUAAUUAAUUUAAUAAGCCACCAACCGCAUCGCAUCGGAAAAUAUGUUCAAGAUAAGGCAGCGGAACUGCAUGCUGAUUGUGACGGCCCUGGUGCUGGCACCCUGCAUAGUGAUUCUAAUGGUGAUGGCACCCGAGUUAUCCACCGAACAGUCGCUGACACAACGCCUGGCCGAGUGUCACAUGCGGCUGCAGUACCUGGAGUCCAUGUACCGUGCUCGGCAGGAGGACGUGGCUCUCCUCUCCCAAUACCUUGGCCAGCUCCAAACGGCAAAUACAACGAUAACGGCCAGUGCUCCGCCGCCACCACCCCUGCAGGUGGUUAAUCUAUUGGAUGGCCUCAGUCCGGAGGCAAGGACGCUCCUGAGGAACGCCUCCCACAUCAGCCGAGCUGGUGGUGCGAAUGGGUCUCUGGCUAGGAACCAGAACAUUCGCCUGCCGAACGCCUACCAUUUCCUGCCGCAUCUCCUCGACGAUGCAGGCUCCUUGCGCCCCGCCUACUUGCAAAGCAAGGGGCGAACGGACGUCAGCAUUGUCCUGGGAGUUCCUACUGUGCGGAGGGAGAAGCAAUCCUAUCUCCUCGGGACGCUGCACAAUCUAAUCGAAAACAUGAACGAGGAGGAGCAAAACGAAACCCUCAUAAUUGUCUACAUUGGCGAGACAGAUCCGGAAGCUGUGCAGCUGAUAGCUCGGAAAAUCGAGACCAGCUUCGAGCAGCAAGUGGAGAAUGGACUGAUUGAUAUUAUAGCGCCGGCACCCAGUUACUAUCCCAACUUUGAACGGCUUCGCAUCACUCUGAACGAUCCUCUCGAGCGGGUGAAGUGGCGCAGCAAGCAGAAUCUCGACUUUGCCUACCUUAUGGCCUAUGCCCACUCCAAGGGCACCUUCUACGUCCAGCUGGAGGAUGAUAUCCUCACCAAGAGGCAGUUUAUAACCACCAUGAAGAAAUUCGCCCUGAUCAAGAGCGCCUUAACGAAGCCCGAUCAGCCCGCCUGGUUUGUUUUGGACUUUUGCCAGCUGGGCUUCAUCGGGAAGAUGUUCAAGAGCGCGGAGCUGCCCUACUUGAUCACCUACUUCCAGAUGUUCUACAACGACAAGCCCGUGGACUGGCUGCUCACCUACUUCAUAGAGUCGAAGGUCUGUCGCACCGACAAGGACCAGAAGCACUGCAACCAGGAGAAGGCAAAGUACUGGCAGCACUUCCGGAAGUCUCUGUUUCAGCACAUUGGCACUAGCUCCUCCCUGAAGGGAAAGGUUCAAAAGCUGAAAGACAAGCAGUUUGGCAGCAAGGUUCCCCAGUAUUACGCCCAUACCCAUAAUCCGCCAGCUCUGGUCAAGUCCAACAUAGCUCCGUACAAGAACUACGUCCUGAAACGAGCUUACCGGGGCGAAUCCUACUUCUGGGGAUUGCUGCCCCAGCCGGGGGAUCUGGUGCAAAUCAUAUUCGAGCGACCCACGCAACUGCGGCGCUAUCUGUUCCGGAGCGGGAAUUCGGAGCACCCGUCGGACAGGUUCUACAACACCACGGUGGAACUGCUGCCGGCGGAUACACUGAGCGAGAACUCUUCUGUUUGGAGUAACUACAACACCACCACGGAUGGCUAUCUGGUUGUGGGCGCGUUCGACACCAUGGGUGUGGCCGAGGGCCAGCUGGACGCUAAGAUCGGUGCCAUCAAGGAGCUGCGCCUGCAUGUCCACAGCGACAGCGAGAACUGGGCCCUCCUCAGCGAGAUCGAGUUGCAGGAAUGGGGCACUGAUCCCAAGUCCGAGGCGAAUGCGGCCAAACCGAAGUUCGUGGCGGGCAGCUGAUUAUUGCAUCGCCACCGGGAGCGUCAAGAUUUGGAGGAUUAGGAAGAGCCCCUUAGUCCCCUACCCACUAAUCCCAUUCGUCUAAAGCUGUUAGGGAUCUUGCUAACAAUCUCGAAUACUUCUCUCGAUCCUAAUGUCUGUAAAUCUGUGUGUAUAUUUUUUGAAGGAUGCUUUUACCCUCCAUAUUAUCUCAGUGUGUAUAUAAUCUCCCAGAAUGUAACUCUCCUCACUGUCCUAGUUGUAAGUAAAAAGUCCUCGAAUGACUCGAUAUGACUUGUGGGCUACUGCAAGCUAAUGGUAUUGUCAGAUGUCCUCCUCCUUCCGCCCCAGAACCAAUUUGUUAGGGUUUUCUUUAACUCCUGGACAAUAUUAUUGGCUUGCAGGAUGCUAAACGACUUAUUGAAAACCCAUGCUCUCAUAGUAUUCCUGCGUAUGUCCUUAUGGACUUUAUGAACUACAAGUGCCCCUUCCAAGUAGGUCAAGGUGUGUGUUGUUGUGUAACUGAAGCGGCUUUUCUCCCCAUUAUGUAAUUGAGUCUCUUUAUGUAUUAGAAUAUUAUUAAAUCUUAUUUUUUUUUUUAGUUCUAAGUGUUAUCCUUAUUUUUAUUGGCCAGCCGAACAAAAACAUUCCAACUUGUCUCUCAUCCAAACUUGCUGAAUUUAAUCUCACAAUUCUCAAGAAUAUUAAUUUGCUGAAAUGUUAAAUUAAAUUUUUAUUAAUAAAUUAAUUUGUAUUUA